GACAACAGUUGAUAAUGAGUAGAAUCGUUGGUGAUGUGGGGGUGACAGAUUGUUACGCUCGAGUUGGGUUGUAGGUACUAGGUGAAGUCUGCGUGGAAGUCGUGCACCAACAUUUUGUUUUGUGUAACUACGACGGUAAAAUAAGUGGAUCCACAAAACUUAUGUGAAAAUUGGAAAUGGCAAAUAACGGGUCUUAUAGCAAUGACCGUCCAGGCGCUGGAGGAGACACGGCCGAAUAUGCAUCAGAUCCGGCGUCAGGAGGAUUUUUUCAUUCGGAUUAUAAAAAGCAUGAUGACCUCAAGCAGAUGCUGGAUAGCAACAAAGAUGGUCUCAAACUGGAAGCCAUGAAAAGGAUUAUUGGGAUGGUCGCAAAAGGAAGAGAUGCAUCUGAUCUUUUUCCAGCAGUUGUUAAAAAUGUUGUUUCAAAGAACAUUGAAGUGAAAAAAUUAGUAUAUGUAUAUUUAGUGAGAUAUGCUGAAGAACAACAGGAUUUAGCAUUGUUAUCUAUCUCCACCUUUCAAAGAGCUUUGAAGGAUCCAAACCAGCUGAUACGGGCCAGUGCACUGAGAGUGUUGUCAAGCAUUAGAGUGCCAAUGAUUGUACCAAUUGUUAUGUUGGCAAUAAAGGACUCUGCUUCAGAUAUGUCUCCAUAUGUAAGAAAGACUGCAGCUCAUGCCAUUCCCAAACUGUACAGCCUUGACAAUGAUCAGAAAGAAGAAUUAACACAUGUAAUUGAAAAGCUUCUCUCUGAUAAGACAACAUUAGUAGUUGGAUCAGCAGUCAUGGCUUUUGAGGAGGUAUGCCCAGAACGGAUUGAUCUUAUACACAAAAAUUACCGCAAACUGUGCAACCUAUUAGUAGAUGUUGAUGAAUGGGGUCAGGUCAUCAUCAUCAACAUGCUGACACGCUAUGCGCGGACACAGUUUGUGGAUCCUAAUAUUGGAGAUCCAGGUGAUGAUGAAGAAGACAAACCUUUUUAUGAUGAUGAUGAUGAAGAUGAGGAUGAGGAUGAUGAUGAUAAUGAAAGCAAAGGGAAAACUGAAAAGCCAAAGAAGACAUACUCUUUGGAUCCAGAUCACAGAUUGCUUUUGAGAAAUGCAAAGCCACUGCUUCAGAGUAGAAAUGCCUCAGUAGUAAUGGCAGUAGCUCAGCUGUAUCAUCAUUUAGCACCAAGGUCUGAGGUGAAUGUUGUUGCCAAGGCACUGAUACGCCUUCUUAGAUCUCAUCGUGAAGUUCAGUCAGUGGUACUUAACUGCAUUGCUUCUAUUUCAACUCUCAGGAAGGGAAUGUUUGAACCAUUUUUGAAGAGCUUUUUUGUGCGAACAAGUGACCCUACUCACAUAAAGUUAUUGAAACUAGAAAUAUUGACAAACCUUGCAACAGAAACAAGUAUUUCAGUUAUUCUGAGAGAGUUUCAAACUUAUAUUUCAAGCAAUGACAAGGAAUUUGUUGCUGCUACUAUUCAAGCUAUAGGAAGAUGUGCAUCAAACAUAAAAGAAGUAACGGACACAUGUCUGAAUGGACUGGUGUCUUUGCUCUCUAACCGCGAUGAAGCUGUUGUGGCGGAAAGUGUGGUGGUGAUCAAGAAGCUGCUCCAAACGGGGCAGCCUGGUGAACACAGAGAUAUCAUUGUGCAAAUGGCGAAACUUGUGGAUUACAUCAGUGUUCCACAGGCUCGUGCUUCAAUCCUAUGGCUGUUGGGAGAGUACUCAGAAAGAGUACCUCGUAUAGCACCAGAUGUCCUAAGAAAAAUGGCUAAAACAUUUAUCACUGAGGAGAACAUAGUAAAACUUCAGAUCCUGAAUCUGGCUGUCAAGCUGUACCUCACUAAUCCAAAACAGACUCGGCUGUUAUUACAAUAUGUUCUGAGCUUAGCGAGGUACGACCAAAACUAUGACAUCAGGGAUCGUGCAAGAUUCUUGCGUCAGCUGGUUUUCCCUGGCAACGGAACAGAGCAGACUCGCUUAUCAAAGCACGCUAAGAAAAUAUUUCUUGCAACUAAACCUGCUCCUGUUCUUGAAUCUCGAUUCAAAGAGCGCGAGUGUCUUCAGCUAGGAUCAUUAUCACACUAUAUCAAUGCUCGGGCUCACGGGUACCAUGAUCUACCAGCCCAUCCUGAUGUAGCACCUCCAUCAGAAGUGCGUGACGUCGAGCAGCCGCCAGUAACAAAUACAGUACGUGCAAAGAAGGUGCAUCCUGUUAAGAAGAAAUCAUUUUACUCGGACACAGAGCCCAGCUCUCAAGAUGAGUCAGAUGAGGCGGAUGGAAGCAGUGAAGAAGAUGAUGAUCAUGAUGAUGAUGAUGAGGAGGAGGAGGAGGUGGAAGAGGAGGUGGAUGAGGAAGAAGAUGACGAAGAAGAAAGAAGUGAAGAAGAGGCUAGUGACGAGGAGGAGGGUGCUGAUGAGGAAGAAAGUGAUCAGUCAACUGAUGACUCAGAAAAAUCCAGUGACACCGUUAAGGGAAAGCAACACAAGGGUGAAACACCAAGGAAGCUGGAGGUGAGGCAAACAGCUAAAAAGAAAAAUCAUACAGAUGAUUCUGAUGAUCGUGGCAGUGAUGAGGAGGAAGAGGAGGAGGAAAAUGAAGAAGAGGAAGAGGAUAAUGAUAGUUCGAGCUCUGAUGAAGAAUCAGAAGAGGAAGAAGAAGAUGAACCAGUGAAACCCCUUAAAAAUGCAGUGCCAAAGAAGCAAGCAAAGGAAAAAUCUAAUGAUACACCUAAACAGAAGUCCAAUUUAGAUCUGCUACUUGAACUGGAUGAAGUGCCACCAACUAUGACACCAGUGCUGACACCAUCUCUUGGAGGGUUUCUCACUCCAAUUGGCACACCUGUAACCCCACCACAGACAGUACAACCAGCAAGUGCAAGCUAUAUCCCAGUACAUUCAACUGAGAUUCUGAAUAGAGUCAGUGGUGGUGGACUGUCAGUAUCUGCACGCUUCACAAGAGCUCCUCAUUUGUAUUCACCAUCUAUGGCCACUAUUGAAUUGCAGAUGGUGAAUAAGGGAACUAUAGAAAUUCCAGAGAUACAGGUAGAUGCAACACAGUUACCAUCUGGUGCAUCUAUUCAUCCAUUUGCACCAGUACCACCUCUCCAACCUGGAGGUAUGGCAACAAGUAUUCUGGGAGUUGACUUUGCUGAUUCAACGCAGCCUCUGUCAUUUGGUUUGGUCCUGAAUGGAAGAACAUGUCGGGUACAGCUGAGGCCCCCUGUUGGAGAGCUCAUUCGAGCUGUCAGCAUGCCAGAACAACUGUUCAUUGUUGAGCAUGGCAAGCUGAAGGGCAUGACAGAACACAGUACUGUUUUUCCGCUGCCUCCAACAGUAAAUGAUCCCAAAGUUAUUACACAGCGUAUAUAUGAGGUUGCCAAUGUUGCGUCAGUUCCAAGUACUGAGCCUGGAAUACUGAGGUUUGCUGGCCAAACAUUGUCCUCAAAGUCACUUGUUUUAAUAGUAGUAAAAAUGCUUCAAGAUAGCUCUGUAAACUUGAUUGUUAGUUGUGAAAAAAUUGUAAUUGGAUCAAUGUUGUUAAAUGAAGUGAAAGGGCAUUUGAGGAAGUAAUAUUUCUGUAUUGACUUAAAAGGAAAGCCCAGCCAAUUUUGUGUACAUGUUUCUGUAUUGUUUUACUUCUGUUCAAAUAAUGUGAACUCCAUCAUCUAAGUUAUUUACAUUCCAACAUUUGCCAUGACAGAGAGAGAAUAAUGUAAAAUUUAUUUUUAAGGUAAUUUUUAUAUCUUUAUUGUAGAGCAGAUUGUCUAAAAAAGAGUUGUGUUGUUGUGGUGAAUGCAUACACACUUGAGACUUGCCUCUCUGUUGUAAGUUUCAAUUGUAUCAUUAUGUAGAAGAUACCAGAAGCUGUUACUUUCAUUAUUCAUUCCUGCUUCAAUUUUUUUGUACUAAACUUAUUUACAGCGUGAAUUAGAUUGAGAGUGUUAGACUAUAGUUGUGACAAAAAGACUCCCUUACUUAUUUAAUUACCUGUCACAACUAGAAGCCAAAUGAGCUGUAAUUGUUAGUAUAUAUGUAAUAGAAUAAUUUUAAUAGUAGGCCUGAAAUAAUUACAGUAAGACUAAAAAUGUAUAAUCCAUAUCCAAAAGUAAUGCAAAUUGACAGUCACUGAAUGAAUGGUCACUGAAUGAAUAGAAAAAUAAAUAACAGAAGCAUAAAACAUGGUACGGAGUGAUUCUGGUAAACUAAAGUGGACUACUUUCAGUGUGUAUUACCAUUUUUGAUCAAAGGCAGUGAGAUGUGGACUUUAAAUGCAAAACCAUUCAAAAACUAAGAUUUGCUUAGUAAACAGUAGAGAAAUACACGUUGUGAACAUCUUAAAGAGGCAGGAAAACAAACAAACGGAUCAGAUGACAGACAGGAUUGGGAGACUUAAGCACGACUGUAAUGAAAAUGACAUGACGAUGGACUGUAAUGAAAAUGAUAUGGAGAUGGAUGGCAGAUGUAGUCAGAUGGAUAGAUGGUACAUGGAUUUAAGUGAGUUUGUUGUUUCAUACUGAGCCUGUGAUCUAGUGCAACCUGUUUAGGUGGCAUUAGAAGAUUGCAAGAACAUGGAUGUACAUAGUUGAAGACGGUAUU